CCACCUCCCCCCCGCGGCAACAGAGCGACAAUGGAUUCGAGCGGUGCUACGCCCAAUGUCGUCGAUACUCGCUCGCGCUCCUGCAGCACCUCGAGCUCAUCGACGAAGCAACUGCUUCCGCUGCUCUGGCGGGCGCGGCGAAUGCCAAGCAAUAGAAGAGGCGCCCCAUUUGGCUCGUUUCCACGCGCUCGCGCGGCUGGCGGUCUGCCAAACGAGAAUGCGGGCAGCCAGAGGGCCUCGUUCCUCCAGCAGCAGGUUGUUGAUGCAGCCGAGGACAAGCGGCGCCUCCUGGUCAAGCAGCGUGUCCAGGACGAGCGGCAUGAGGCGCCAUCGAGCGCGGCCAUUGAGCGUGCACUGUUGCCGCAUCGGCACGCCUCUCUCUCCAUCUUGCCCGGCGACAACACCCUUUCCGUCGCAUGGGCAUUGUGCCGCGCCGUCGCUGGGUGCCCAUUCCCGCACUGCCAUGGCCCCCCACGCUGGCACUGUUCCCCCAUGCGUGCGCGAGGAGAGCGGGGGCAAACAAAACGGGGGCUGUAUGAUGGCGGAUUUCGUUGCGCACCUGCUCUUGGCAAAGCAGGCGAGCGAGGGGCAUUUGAGGACGAAGGGAAGGGGGGGGGGGGGCAUAGCGCAGCAGGAGCAGGGCAGGGGAGGUUGGUGCUUGGCUUUCUUUGCAUGCGUGCGUGAAGGAAUGGCGCGGGGAGGGAAAGCGUGGGUGGAGGGUGUGGGCUGAUGUGUGCUCGAGAGACUUGCGUGAGGUCCCGUCGCACUUUGCCAGAGAAAGCGACGAGUGAGCCCCCAGUCGUCCCCACGGCAGCAGCAGCCCGACGCCCUUUACUUGUACACGCUGACGAAGUCGCGCUGCGGCUUGGCGUGGAUGCUCUGUUCCCAAUUCGUGAUCAGAGAGGGGAGGGGGAGGGGGAGGG